AUGUGCUACUACGGCAGCUACUACGGAGGCCUGGGCUAUGGCCUGGGCUAUGGCUAUGGUGGCCUACGCUGUGGCUAUGGCUGUGGCUAUGGUGGCUAUGGCUGUGGCUAUGGUGGCUAUGGUUAUGGCUGCUGCCGCCCACUGUGCUGUAGAAGGUACUGGUCCUGUGGCUUCUACUGA